UUAAGUUUGCUGAAGCUGUUUGCAAUGAGGAGUAAACAUCUUGCCUUCCAGCCACAGCGAUAACCCCCAGUAUUCUCCUGCAAUUUUAAGGGGUGAAAAAGCCAGGAUUGCUGGAGUGAAGAAGAGAGGGUAGUGUGCCAGUGACAAAUAAAAGGAAACCAGCAAUGGGCAAGGCUCUGGAACGAGAUAAUAACUGAUGAUGAAUCUAUCAGGGCAAGAAUCACCAAGAAUUCUUAAAAUACUACAGAAGUGGGUUCCUACAGUUUCUCCCUAUUUUGACAAGGAGCAUUAUUGUUAUGCAGACAGCCAAAUCACUAUUCAAGAAUCAAUAGACCACUUUGGAGCUAUCGUAUGGCCUGGUGCACUGGCUUUAUCUCAGUACCUGGAAUCAAAUCAACAAGAGCUCAACCUAAAAGACAAAAAGGUACUCGAAAUUGGUGCUGGAACAGGACUGGUGUCCAUUGUGGCUAGUAUACUAGGAGCUUAUGUUACAGCCACUGAUCUACCAGAAGUACUUGAAAAUCUCCAAAUGAAUAUUUCAAGAAAUACAAAACAUAUGAAUAUACACCAACCUGAAGUGAGGAAGCUCGUGUGGGGAGAAGAUCUCAACGAAGACUUUCCUAAAUCAACUCACCAUUAUGAUUUUAUUUUGGCAAGUGAUGUUGUCUAUCACCAUACAUGUCUGGAUCCAUUGCUAACAACACUGGCAUAUUUAUGUCAGCCAGGGACAGUAUUAUUAUGGGCAAACAAAUUCAGAUUCAGUACAGAUUUUGAGUUUUUAAAGAAACUUGGCAACAUAUUACUCGUUACACUUCUAGCAGAAUUUCCAGAAUCAAAUAUUAAGCUGUUUAAAGUCACAGUAAAAGAGAACUGAGAAAACAAUAGUUUUGGUGCAAUAGCAGUCCCUCAAAGUUAGAGUUCUCUAGUUUUUAGUACUUAGUGCACUCAUUGCGCAUGCAUGUCCAUAAGUCUGUUCCUGAAUCUCGUACUUCAAUACAUGAAAAGUUAAAAUGGACAAUAAUAAUGUGAGGAUGAGAUCUGAUUGGUCUCAUAAGCUUAUAUAAAGAUCUAAUCAAGCAAAUCAAUUUAUUGCAGCCAGAGGGUCAGAAGUAACGAAACACAACCAGAAAGUCAAUCUCCAAAAUGUCAAACAAACUAUUGGAUCUAGCUGUACUUUUAUAUCUUGUUUAUACUGAAUUUCAAUAUGAUUACUAACACAGAACUUGUUAAAGCAAACAGCUUAUGUACUCUUCAAGAAGCAACAACAGUUUUCAGCUUCAUUAUUUGUUUUUAUUAAUUAUUAAAAAAUCCUUUAAAGUAUCAGAGUGCACAUGGUGGUUUUUUUUACUUUCAAUUUUGCACAUUUAUUAUGCUGUGUUUUACAUUUUUAAACAUUAUUAAACAUUUGUAUGUAUAGCUUUACAAUACCUGAUUAACUGUCUGGCACUUUUAUACCUGUAUCAGUCCAACCUGAUACUCAACUUCAUAUGGAUUUUUGAAAGUUUGCCUGAAAUAUCUCCAAGACAAAGAUUUACAAGAGCACCUAUGUAUCAGUAAUUCUGAGGAUACACACAGAGACUGUUUGAAAGGUUGUUUUUUAAAAAAAAAUCAUAAUGUAAUGUAAACUCUUGCAAACAGUAUAGGUAAUGGAGUUCCAUUACUUUACAGUCUAAUAAAUAAAAUUUUAGCUACUCAGAUGUAGCUUUAAGGCCUUCAUACAAUUGAAAAGGAAAUUAAGAUUAAACAUGUUAAAACCCUGUUCACUGUAAAAAAAAAAAAAAAAA